UUGUUGCGGAUACACCCAGUGCCACCAUCAGUUGAGAAGUACUUUUUGGAACUCGCUGAUCAAACUGCAACAGACGUUAUCCAAUCUGCAUCGACGGAGAAAGGUGACAUCCGCCAGUGUACUGAAAGCAACCCCGAAGAGUUGAUCAAGAGAACAUCGGCUUUAUGGUAUAUGAUCAGCACCUACCUUUUCGAUGUGGAUAUUCAAGAUGUCGACAAGGAAUCGAGAUCUCGAAGAGACAAAACAGAAGCAGCUCAGCCCACUACGAUGCAGCUUUCCCCUGAGAUGGCAAAUCAGGGCAAAAGUCGACCGGCUAGGAAGAGUGUGACUUUUGCCCCUGAUACGGAACUGAUUGUAAGCACAGACGCAGCAACGCCGUCAUCACCUUCCAAUGCUCCAAAUGAACAUCCGGGUCUACAAAUACCGAUUCUCAACGUCCCAUAUGCUAGUGCAGAUGAUACAAAGGUUGAUGAGAAAAAUCUUACUUCGAGCACAGCCGUGACAACACCUGGUGAAGAAACUAAUACUAUUAAAAUUGAGACUACGCCGACCCAAAAGACUAAUAACUUUGAAAAAACACUGUCGGCUAAUACGUCUACAAAAGAAAUACCCGCAACUGAUGAGGAUAUCGUCAAAUCAAACGUUGCAGUGACUGAAAGUAACUCUCAGAUCAGAGAUCUCACAAUUCCAGUGGUUGUCAUCAGUACGGCGGAUGUGCAAGAAACUGUUGUCGAAUCUACGGAGACCGUCAAUAGCUUGCACGUAAAAAACGAAAAUCAAGAGCAAACAGAAUCAGGAACUUCCCAUGUUUCAUCGUCAACUUCGGAUCAAUCACUUUCUAAAGAAACUAUCGAAACCAUUGCACACUCUGCUUUAAUAAAUCAUGGCAAUACUCCUUUGUCUUGUCCCGAGACAGCAAAAGAAGCAGAUACCAUAGACCUCGUUCAAAAUCCGAUGAUUCUCAAUAACAAAGCAGAUGCUGGACCUUCUUCAACAAUGCCUACCAAUUUUACUCAGAAAGCCAGUUUGCAUCUACAUGAAAAAGGAAAUUUAUUUGCAGGAAACAUACAUGACACGGACGACGCAUCGAAAGUACCAGAAGUGUCGAAAAGUAGUGAAUUGUCGGACUGUAAAAAUCAGGAACAGGGGGACUUGUCGGAGUCACCAAAUGUGGUACCCCCAAUGAACGAAAAUUUACAAAACGACUCAAAAGAAACUGCGGCAGAACCGUCGCAGUUAUCACAGGUGGCACCUGAAUCUGUGUUAGACUCGAAAGAAGAGCCCACAACGCAAGAGGGUUGCACAGUCGACCAGGCGCCGAUGACGGAGCAGGGGAGUGAAAGGGAAAAACAAGAGCAUGAAAAACACUUGGAAGUGGGAUGCGAGAAGAAGGUAUCGGCGGAGAUUCCGGAAAAAGAACAGAACGCAAAAGCGAAAAUGUCAGAAGAAAAGGAGACGAAUCAGCCCCCAUUGACGCUCCAGGAGUCACAGAUGGCGGACGCAUCGAUAGAAGGAGAGAGGCAGAAGGGGGCGCGCGCGGCGGCGGCGGAGGCGGGCGCGCAGCUGUCGCCAGGCGCGAGGCGCGGCCCCGGCCUGGCGGUGCGCUGCGCUCGCUGUGGCGCCACCGAAUGCAGCCGUCGCCCUGGGCCGACGCCCGCGACGCCUGGGGCGCUGUGGCCCGACGACGCGAACGCCGCGCAACGCCCUCACGCGCGCCUGCUCGACGGACUGCCCGCCCUACCUCACGCGUCUCCUCGC